AAUUGCGUUCUCGAGGCGUGCGGUGGCGUGUGGUUCAGCCGCAGUUCGUAGUGCUCCAGCUCUAGCUCGGCCUCCCCCAGUUUAUUUACACUUUUCGAUUGUCGCAGUUGGCUCUGGCAUCGAUUCGAGCCGAGGUGACAGCACCCGAUUGUCUUGGCCAGUCGUCAGUUGCCAGUGGAGUUAGCCCAGGCACGCGCACCCGACAGGAGGAGCUUCGUCAGGAUGGCAGCCCAGCCGCAGGAGAUAUCGCACGCCAAGCGCGCCGCCUUCCAGGUCCUGGCCGGCGGCUCGGCCGGCUUCCUGGAGGUCUGCAUCAUGCAGCCCCUCGACGUGGUCAAGACCCGCAUCCAGAUCCAGGCCACCCCCGCCGCCAGUGCCUCUGCCCUGGGUGAGCUGCACUACACCGGCGUGUUCGACUGCUUCGCCAAGAUGUACCGCCACGAGGGCCUCACCUCGUACUGGAAGGGCAUCAUGCCGCCCAUUCUGGCCGAGACCCCCAAGCGGGCCAUCAAGUUCCUGGUGUUCGAGCAGACGAAGCCGCUCUUCCAGUUCGGAUCGCCCACGCCCACGCCGCUGACCUUCUCGCUGGCGGGCCUGACGGCCGGCACCCUGGAGGCCAUCGCCGUGAAUCCCUUCGAGGUGGUCAAGGUGGCCCAGCAGGCGGACCGCCAGAAGAAGAUGCUCAGCACGUUCGCGGUGGCCAAGGGCAUCAUCAAGCAGGACGGCCUGGGCUUUCGGGGCCUGAACAAGGGCGUCACCGCCACCAUGGGACGCAAUGGCGUCUUCAACAUGGUGUACUUCGGAUUCUACCACAGCGUGAAGAACGUGGUGCCCGAGUACAAGGAGCAGCACCUGGAGUUCCUGCGCAAGGUGGCCAUCGGCUUCACGGCCGGCACCCUGGCCUGCUUCGUCAACAUCCCCUUCGACGUGGCCAAGUCGAGGAUCCAGGGCCCACAGCCCGUGCCCGGCCAGAUCAAGUACCGCGGCACGCUCAGCUCCAUGGGCAUCGUGUACCGCGAGGAGGGCUUCCGGGCGCUGUACAAGGGCCUCGUGCCCAAGAUCAUGCGCCUGGGCCCCGGAGGCGCCAUCCUGCUGCUGGUCUUCGAGUACUCCUACGACUACCUGCUGCACAACUACUCCUAGUUGCCCAGCCGCAAAGGCCCAAUUAGAUAUUAAGGAGCGCCCGCCUAUUCUGUUUUUUUUUUUCAUAACAUAAUAUUAAUAAUGAUAGGUAGCCGAGUAGUCGAGAGAGGGAGUGACGGAGCCAUGCAUCGAGGAGUGGCAUUUUAACGCUUGACACCCGAUUGUGAUUCGUAAAUAAAUUUUAAAACUUGA